UAUUCAAAUCAAUCAAAAACCCCCCAAAUUUAUUUAUUCCCUUUCUUCUGGUUUCCUCUCUUCCUCCUCCUAAAUCUUGGACGAAGCAGAGACAGGGUAGCAAUGGCAAGCAGACCAACCCCUUCUUAAACCUCUCUCACUCUUCUCCAUCUUCAUCCUCAUGUCAUGUCUCUAGUCUUACUUGGUCCAUAAUCGCGUACGGGUCUUUUUCGCUCUAGUUGUUGUAUCCACCACUCCUUGAAACCCGACCCAUUCAGAUCCGUUUUCUUCACGCAGACACUGCUCUGCUCCCUAUAUAACCCCUUCCCCUCAAAACCCACUUCACUAAAUCUAAUAAACUCGAAAGCUUGAGUGUGUUUCAGAGACCCAACUCAAUCAUGAGUUCUGUCGACAAUGGCGGAGCUCAGAAUGGUAUUCAGAUCCACCAGGAGCGUAGCAGACUCCCGGAUUUCUUGAACAGUGUCAACAUGAAGUAUGUGAAGCUUGGCUACCAUUACUUGAUAGACAAUCUUCUGAAGCUCUGCUUGGUUCCUCUAAUGGCUUUCAUUGUUAUUGAAGCCUCUCGAAUGGAACCAGAUGACAUCCACCAGCUUUGGCUUCAACUCCAGUACAAUCUGGUCAGUGUCAUCACUAUCUCUGCUGUUCUCGUUUUCGGAUCCACCGUCUACAUUAUGUCCCGACCCAGAUCCGUUUACCUCGUGGACUACUCCUGUUACAAGCCCCCGGAGCAUUUGAAAGUCAAGAACAAGAAGUUUAUGGACCAUUCGAGGUUGAUUGGGGCCUUUACUGAGUCCUCAUUGGAGUUUCAGCGCAAGAUUCUUGAGAGGGCUGGCAUUGGAGAGGAGACUUACUUCCCUGAAGCAAUGCAUUCCAUUCCUCCCAGGCCGACAAUGGCGGCCGCGCGUGAGGAGGCAGAGCAGGUGAUUUUUGGUGCAUUGGAUAAUUUGUUUGCUAAUACAAAUGUUAAGCCUAAGGACAUUGGGGUUGUUGUUGUGAAUUGUAGUUUGUUUAACCCGACUCCUUCGUUGUCUGCUAUGAUUGUUAAUAAGUAUAAGUUGAGGAGUAACAUUAGGAGUUUUAAUUUGGCGGGAAUGGGGUGUAGUGCUGGAGUUAUAGCUGUUGAUCUUGCCAAGGACAUGUUGCAAGUUCAUAGGAAUACUUAUGCGGUUGUUGUGAGCACUGAGAAUAUCACUCAGAAUUGGUACUUUGGAAACAAGAAGUCUAUGCUGAUACCGAAUUGUUUGUUUCGUGUUGGGGGGUCGGCGAUUUUGCUGUCGAAUAAGUCAAUGGAUAGGCGUCGGGCUAAGUAUAAACUAGUUCAUGUGGUGAGGACUCAUAAGGGAGCUGAUGAUAAGGCGUUUAGGUGUGUUUAUCAAGAGCAGGAUGAUACUGGCAAGACUGGGGUUUCUUUGUCUAAGGAACUAAUGGCAAUUGCUGGUGGAGCUCUUAAGACUAACAUCACAACAUUGGGUCCCCUUGUUCUGCCUCUAAGUGAGCAGCUUCUAUUCUUUGCUACUCUGGUGGCAAAGAAAUUUUUCAAUGCCAAAGUCAAGCCUUAUAUCCCAGAUUUCAAGCUUGCUUUUGAUCAUUUCUGCAUACAUGCUGGUGGUAGGGCUGUGAUUGAUGAACUUGAGAAGAAUUUGCAGCUUCUGCCAGUUCAUGUUGAGUCAUCUCGGAUGACACUCCACAGGUUUGGUAACACCUCGUCCAGCUCGAUUUGGUAUGAGUUGGCUUACACCGAGGGAAAAGGCAGGAUGCAAAAGGGGAACCGUGUCUGGCAGAUUGCAUUUGGAAGCGGCUUCAAGUGUAAUAGUGCUGUCUGGGAGGCUCUCCAGAAUGUAAAACCAUCUCCCAGUGGUCCUUGGGAAGAUUGCAUUGACAGCUACCCAGUGCAGAUUGCAUUCUAGCCGUGCUCAACCACUAUUUGGUUUGAUACUCAAUUUGAAGGUGGAAAGAAAACAUAUUGAUAGAGUAAUUGGUCAACUUAAUUUCCGUAGAAAUAAUUUUUUUUUCUCUUUUCUAUAAUUUGAAGCGAUUAAGCAUGUCAAAUCACUCAAAUGUUAUUUGGUGAUUCAAGUCAAGAUGUGUAUCUCAUUUACUUUGCUCGAGUUAAUUGAGUGGCUUGAAAUCUUUGAUAUUUAGCAGAAAACGU